GUCAAUCACUAUGGCGGUGCGGUCCGGCCCGGCCGGCGAGCAACAGUUUGGCGGCACGGUCACGGGCCCGGCCUUUUAACCCGAGCUGGGCUCGGUCAUCCAACGAGUAAAACGUUCCGCAGGGGCAGGUGUCGGGGGCGCAUUCCUCGUCCACCCACUCUCCCCCCUUUCUCCUCCUCCUCCAGUUGUGUCUCCUCCUCCUGGGCUCCGCCGUCGCCUGACGUUAGCGAACACUGAGCUGGUCGGACAGCUGAGACAUGGUGGCGGGCGGAGGGCGGUCGUCGCACAACCGCGGUUAAAGACAGUUUCGCGGCUCCGUUGGCCGAAUCGGGCCAAGGUUGUUCCCCCCCCCUCCUCCCGCUGUCCCCGGUGAGCGCCAUGCAGCAGCAGCAGCAUGGGGAAGAGGAGGAGGAGACGACCACCAUGCAGAGGGAGCAUUUUCUGCGCACUGAGGUGGAAAGGCUGAACCGGGAGCUCAGCGAGACAACCCAGGAGAAGAUUCAGGCGGCCGAGUACGGGCUGGUGGUGCUGGAGGAGAAACAGACGCUGAAGCAGCAGUAUGACGAGUUGGAGAGCGAGUACGAGACGGUCAAACAGGAAUUGGAGCAGCUCCGAGAGGCUUUUGGUCAAGCAUAUAGUAACCACAAAAAGGUGGCAGCUGAUGGAGAGAGUCGUGAGGAGUCAUUGAUUCAAGAGUCUGCUUCCAAAGAAGCAUAUUAUGUGGGGAAGAUUCUGGAGCUGCAGACAGAACUGAAACAGAUGAAAAAUGUACUUGCUAAUGUCCAGUCUGAAAAUGACCAUCUUGCUUCCAUUACACAACAGCUAAAAGAGAACAAUCAGGUUGUGGAGUUGCAAAGAAAUCGCCUGCGUGAUGACAUCAAAGAAUAUAAAUUUCGUGAAACAAGAUUACUGCAAGAUUACUCUGAACUUGAAGAGGAAAACAUCUCUCUCCAAAAACAAGUCUCAGUCCUUAAACAAAAUCAGGUUGAAUUUGAAAGUCUCAAACAUGAGAUUAAAAGGCUUGAAGAAGACACAGAAUUCCUUAACAGUCAGUUGGAAGAUGCUAUAAGGCUAAAAGAAAUAGCAGAACGUCAACUUGAGGAAUCCUUGGAGACAUUGAAGAAUGAGCGUGAACAGAAGAAUAAUAUGCGCAAAGAAUUAUCUCACUAUAUGAACAUCAGUGAUUCAAUGUACACCAGCCAACUGAAUAUCUCUCUGGAUGGAUUGAAGUUUAGCGAUGAUGGUGGUGAACCAAAUAAUGAUGAACUUGUUAAUGGUUUUGAAAUCAGCCUAAAUAAAAUGAAUGGUGACAAUAAGUUAUCCACUCCUAAGAAAAAUGAUCAUUUCAAGCCAGCACCAAGCUUGGUGUCUGAUUUAUUAAGUGAGCUGAAUAUUUCUGAAAUGCAGAAACUAAAACAGCAGCUGAUACAGGUGGAAAGGGACAAGACCACACUACUUGCUACUCUCCAAGAGUCACAAAAGCAGUUGGAACAUACAAGAGGUGCCUUGUCAGAGCAAAAUGAAAAAGUUAACAGACUCACUGAGCAUGUCAGUGCCAUGAAAAAGCUCCAGGCUAGCAAAGAACGGCAGACUGCACUUGAUAAUGAAAAAGAGCGAGACAGUCAUGAAGAUGGAGAUUACUACGAGGUAGACAUCAACGGACCUGAGAUUUUGGAAUGCAAAUACAAGGUAGCGGUAGCUGAUAUUAACGAACUUAAAGAAGAACUUAAAAACCUAAAGGCUAAAUAUGCUGAUAAUGAGAAUAAAUAUGAAAAAGAGAAGACCAAGAAUGAAAGUGAAAUCCAAGCCUUGACAGAGAAACUUGAAAUACUAGAAAAAACAAAUAAACAAGAACAGGACCAGAUAGUCUGCCUAGAAAAAGAACUGAAGAAAGUAAGUGAAGUAGCUGAAGGAACUCAAGGUAGUUUGACUAUUGCUCAGGAUGAACUGGUCACCUUCAGUGAAGAAUUAGCAAAUCUAUACAACCAUGUUUGUAUCUGCAACAAUGAGACACCCAACAGAGUGAUACUGGAUUACUUUAAAGAAGGCAAAGAUGUUCGCAGUAGUCCAGAUGGUAAAGAAAGAAGAUCUCCAGUUCUGCUUACCAAGAGUCUUUUCCCUGGAGAGGUGGGAAAGACUGAAAAUGGUAGUGGAGAUGUUGUAGCAUCUCCUGCUUCACCUUUGCCCCUACCUGUGUCCUAUGUCAGUGAUCCACGCAAAGAACCAUUGAAUAUUUACAACCUGAUUGCUGUCAUUCGAGACCAAAUCAAGCAUUUGCAGAAAGCAGUUGAUAGGUCAACAGAAUUAUCCAAGCAACGUGCUGCAUCACAUGAAUUGGGAACAGUGGCAGACAAAGACAAAGAAGUUUUUAUGGAUGAGAUCUUGAAACUUAAGUCACUGUUGAGUACCAAGCGAGAACAAAUAGCAACAUUAAGAACUGUGCUCAAAGCAAACAAGCAGACUGCUGAAGUGGCCCUUUCAAAUUUGAAGAGUAAAUAUGAAAUUGAGAAAGCUAUGGUUACUGAGACAAUACUGAAACUACGCAAUGAGCUGAAAGCUUUAAAGGAGGAUGCUGCUACCUUUUCAUCUCUGAGAGCUAUGUUUGCAACAAGAUGCGAUGAAUAUGUGAAUCAGCUUGAUGAAAUGCAGCGUCAGCUUGCUGCUGCUGAAGAUGAGAAGAAGACGCUGAACUCUCUCCUCCGCAUGGCCAUUCAGCAGAAACUGGCACUGACACAGCGGCUGGAGGACUUGGAGUUUGAUAAUGAACAGUCAAAACGUGGCCGAACCAAAUCGUGGACCAAAACUAGAGCUAACAAUCCCAGUGUAAGUCAUGUGCACUCUUGUGUAGUCAAACAAGAGGGAGUAGGUGUCGAUAACCAGAUGUAUUGCAGUGAAAAGUACAAAAUCUACUGUGAUUGACUGUGGUGCAUUGUUGGGGUUCAUGAUAGAUGUUAAUGCUUUGGUGUGCAGUGCAGCUUUACUGCCCUAUUUUCAUAGUAUGAAGUGAGUUCAUCUGUGUUGGAUUGUUGACUAUUAAUUUGCGUGAAUUUGAAAUACCUGCAGUAAUGUAGCCUAACAUCCAUGUGAUAUAGGGCUUUAAUCUUGAAUAUCUGUUCAUUAUAGCAUGGUAUCUCUGAGAAAUCAGCUCAUACUUUCAGCUUGCUCCAACACCAUAGUCUGAAAUCUGUACAGCACAAAUGUGCUUUUUCUCUCCCCUCUUGUCCAGCUUUAAUUUGCACUUCACCUUCUUGACAAAAGGUUCCAUUUAAUAUUGCUCAUGUUUACAGUAUUUGAUAUAUGCAAAUUUAUCCCUUUCUAAAGUAAAUCCUCCAAAAUGAUGUGCAGUUUUAUAAAUGUUUUGAGAGAACAUUUGUAAUUGCUUAGGAUCUUGGAGUUUUCUAUUUACUGAUGCUGUUCUUGAAACUAUUUGACUAGAUUAGUGAGUAAAAUGAUAUUGUAACCAAGAGGUUUAGUUAAUAUAUUUCCUGUAUAUAACAUUAUUCAGAAAAAUCAUGGAUUGCUUCAUUGUUCAUAACACUAGUAUUUGCACGUGUUAACUUCAGUAAUGUAAUUCUAUGUAUUGAAAGAAGCACAUACAGUGUGUAACUCCCAGUUAUGCAUAUUAAUGUAGGAUAAUAAGAUGGUCCUAAUUCAAAUAUAGAAGGGCAUAUGUUCAUUUUUGUUUUAAAAUAAUGUGCUUUAGAUUCAGUGCACAUUCAGCAAAAUACACAAUCUUUUUAAGUGGUGUUAUUUCAAAUAAGCACAAAUUAGAAUAUACAUAAGGGACCGAGGGUAUACCAAGUUCCAUUUUUUUUUUAAGAAGCACCAGUAAUCAUACAAAUAACACAUUUUAACAUGAAUUCCCUGUCUUCGUGUGACGCAAGUCAGAGCUUCUAUCCAAUCAAGUAAAGCCUUCUCACUAAUUAUGGCAGCUUUGUUGUACCACCCACUACAUUGCUCAGAAACAGUUAAAAGCUAGAUUUGAUAACAAAAGGAAGGCAAUGCUGAUUUGUCCCAGAAAAUGUCAUGAUCUGUAAAAUGUCUUAAAAUUAGAUUUUAUGGUUAAAAUUUUCAUCUCACUUUUCUUAGAGAUGAACAAGAAUUCUCCAUUUCCCACUUUAAAAGGCAGACCUGCCAUAAAAUGACAUUUUUGAUUUUCAAUUCCAUUUCUGUAUCUUUCUUUUAAAUAUAGGGUUGUUUUGUUUUUGCAUGAAAUUUGCUAUUUAAAUACAACAUCAGUAUUUGAUAACUCAAUCCUAUUCAGUUGUGCUUAAGUAUAAUUAUAAUUACUAUUGUUUGGGAAGCAGUAUUGCAGUACUAGUAGUCUGAGCACGUUAAAAAGGACAUACAAUUUUAAGUAUAUUUUGUCAUAUGUAACUGAUAUAUUACAAACAAUUUAAGAACCAUAAUGUAUAAAUGUUGAAUUUAAAUUCUUGUUCAUUUAUAGUGCUGUUGGCUCCAGAGUAUGAUUUCAUGGUCAAAGUAAUGCGGCUAGUUUUGUCCUUUUAGCUUCUCUGUGGUUGAUACGUGGUAUUUGUCUGUUAAAGAACUUGGUAAAAAUACCUUGAAGCAGGAUCUUGUAAUGAUGUAAUUUAGUAGUGAUGCCACAUAUUUUGGGACUAAUGAGUUAAAAGAAACUCAAUGUUUGUUAUAUUUGCCAUUGAAAUUUUGUAUACAAAGCAUUUCUGUUAAAUUCAAUUUGGCUUGUUUUUUAUGCUGCACAAUCCUUUGAAGGCCUUUGAUCUACUUAUUUGUAAUACACUAUUAAUAAAUGCUAGAGCUUUGUCUAAACCUAGCAUUUGGAAAUGUAACAAACAUUUUUGCUGUAUUUAAAGGAGAUCUGUAUUUGCUUCAGGUAUUUCAGGAAACUUUUUAAUGACACAGUGGCUUCCCUAUAGUAAAGGCAAAAGUAAACAGUCACCAAAUUUGAUACCUGUACUUGCUAAAGAGAUUUUUGAAGUUACUUCAGAAAAUUUAAUGUAUUUUAAAAGUAUAAUUUUCUGAUAUGGCAAUGUGUCUGUGUGCUUUAAAAAUUUGGUAUAUGCAUCUGUUAACAGCUGUUAAGAUACAGCAAGUGAAAUCAAUAUAUUGCCUACCUCUGUUAGCAGGCUGUCCUUUGGCUUCUGGCUGUAUUUGUUAUAGGAGUCUGCAAAUGAUCUGCAUGUUUCUUUCUAAUCCUAAAGGCUCUGUAAACCAGUUCCUGUGAAAUGUCACCUCUCUGCAUGAAGGUCACUCAAUACUUGUGAGGUUAGCUUCCUAUAAACGGCUGAUAUUGUAUUAAACAACUGUAUGCUUUAUGCUAAGAAAUAACCCAAAAUGGCCAUUUUCUCUGAUCACUAACAGUUUGCUGUUUGCAUUAAUAGACUAAUAUAACUAGCAAACCUUGUGCUAUGCAUUCUUCAUGAAUUGCUCCUUGUGCAAGUGUUUAUUUUUUAAUAAGGUUUUUUGGCUAAUUUUUUUUUGUAUUUUCCCUUUUUCAGAGAUAAAAUAGUCCCUGGAGAAGGACUUUCUGGCCAAGAGUGCAGUUUAUUUAAAAAGUUUCUGUAGUCUGUUGCACAAAAUGCUAUCGAAACAAUAACAAGGGCAGUUAAUUUGCUGCAUAUUUUGUCUUUAAUUUGCAAAUAUGAACAAAUGCAUUACUAAAAUUGCUGCUGGAGGAAGAGAAACUCACAAGUGUUGAAGAAAGCUUCAAUGAUUUAAUUAACCUAAGGCUUUAUAGAAUAUUACACAUUUUUGAGAUGGUGUUAUGGUAUUAUGUUUUGUUGCAAUUAUUCAGUGUUUUUAACGGAUGUUAUACCUGUGCACUUUUGAUAUAUAUUUCUUUUAUUCUUGGAAUGGCAGAAAAUGCUGUGAUUUGUGGAUAAAACUCCUGACAGUAGUGUGAUUUUUCUUUUUGAUGUGAUUGAUUUCUGCAUCAGCAUGUUGCAGAAAAGUUGACUUUAUUUUUGACCUGUGAUCUAACUAAAUUUUACACUACCAGGAUUUGUUCUUCAGCAUUUUCUCCAUUUAAAAUUUGUUUUGUUUUUACUGAUGUUAACUGCCAUGUUCUAAAAUCCAGGGGUUUUCUGGGGUUUUCAUGGAUAUUAUUCUUAGGAAUAGUUCAAUGUAACAAGGAAAAAACUUGACUUGCUCUGGUAAUGGUAAUGGGAAACUUUAUAAAGUGAUAUUACCAGCUAAUGCCAGAUUUUUGGGUUUAUUAAAACAAAAUCAAGUAUCAUUGAUUUAACAGAAUUUUCUACAAAUACGCCAAAUAAAUUCCAAAUUGGAAUUGUUUCAUUAUUUUAAUUUUGUUUAUUGUGCCAAACUUGGUACGUCUAGAGGUAAUAUCUAAGGUUAUUUGUUGUGGGGUGUUUUUUUUCCAUGCCUUGUUUUUAUUAAUUCUGCCAGUAGUGCCUUUGAUAAUUUCACGAGUGCUUGUUCCUACAAAAUGUUUUCGCAAACUAUUCAGAUUUUAAAAAGAAAGCAUAGAGCAAUAAGUGCAACUGAGAACCCCUCCCUUUUGCACAGAAUUUCCACAGUAGUCUUAAUUUUAUAAAUUGUACGAAAUUCUUUUUUGUCAGUGAUACUUACGAAAUGCAGAUUCAUGCAAAUUCAGGGCAUGCUUGGGGAACCAAAUCUAAUGACUUUGGACUCCUAAUGAACAAUUUGAAUUGUAUUAACAUAUUUGUGAUUGCAGUACAGAAGACUGUAUCAUGCAUCUUAGCUUGGUUUGGUGAUGGUCGCAAGUAACUGGUAUUGUUGGCAGAAAAUAUUAAGACAUAACUUUCUUUAACAGCCAUGUAAUCAUUGUGUAAAUUCAGCAAACAGAAAAUAAAUGCUGCAUCAACAUAGCAAGCCACUUGAUUAAAAUGGUGAAGUUUGUUGAGGCUGGGUUUUGACAAAUCAGGUCAAAUUUAAAAGUAAAAUUAAAUUAAGUGCAAUUUAAAUGAUGAAUUUUAGCAUUAUUAUGGAAGAUUUUCUGUUCGCUGGAAGAAUGGUUUUUACCUGUUUUACAGUAUUGGUAUGCUCAGUUACAUUAAAAUAUGUACUUCAAGUGAGUAUUUAUUUGAAGCAGUGUCACAGUACUGUAUUCUUUAUGUGCAUUAUCAUUUAGUGGCAGGUUGGCCUAAACAUUAUGUUAUAUGCAUGUGUGCCAGCCUAGAGACCUUUACACAGUUUUUUUUAAAUAAUUGAAUUAAGAUUUUAAAAAAAGGUGUGAAACUGAAUGCAUCUAACUUUGAAAUAUUUGACAUUGGACAAGCAAACGUAAAACCUGGAGAAAGGUUUGUUGUACAAGAUUAGUAUCUGUGUAAAGGUAAUCCUAUUGGCUAUGUCAAUAAAUGUGAUUACAAAAAGACUGCAUCCUGUUUCUUUCUUUUAUUCAAUUAAAAAUAAAUUGGUUUGCCUCUUGCA